UUCGAGCGUGCGAUUUUUGUAAAGAAUUAAAAACUCGAUUAAUUAACAUACUUAUGCUAAUAUUUAACUUUUUAGUGAAAAGAUAUAGAUAUUCAAUAGCUGCUCAACAACUGAAUUUAAUCAUGGGACGUGAUCAUCAAAAGUUUCAUAAUAAACAUCGAUUUAAUAAAAAUAAAGGAAAUUUCAAUCAAAAUUAUGAUAAAUCAUGGCAAACAGAUAAGCGAUUGCUAGAAUGUGAUGUUGGCAUAGUUAAGUAUAUAUCAGAUAUUGAAGGAUUUCAUGGAAUUAUUAAGGCUAGAUUUUCCGAUUUUCAUGUCAAUGAAAUUGAUUUGGAUGGCAAGGAAGCAACUUUAACUGACUUUGCUGUGCCUCAACUAUCUGAUUUUGAAGUUCCAACAGAUAAUACAGUAAAUAUUAAAGAAUUUCUGGAUGAUGAAAAAGCAAAAGAAAUUGAAGAACUAAUAAACAAUGAAGAUUACCACAAGUCUGUAUUAAUUGAAGUCACUGAUUUUGAUAAAGAUCGUCGCAGUUCAUUGCAUCAAGCUCUUAGAAAAGUAUAUGGAAAGAAAUUAUCGAAUAAUACAAUAUCAACGGGAACUGACAGAAAAUUCAUUCAAGUUAAGAAGUUCUCUAAAGGUGAUCAGGAUGUUAGGGGAUGGAAAUGGCCUCACGAAUUCACAUACUUUGUUCUGUAUAAAGAGAAUCUUGACACAAUGCAAGCUGUAUCACUUCUUGCUAAAAACCUGAAGAUUAAAUCAUCAUUAUUGUCAUUUGCUGGAACUAAGGAUAAGCGAGCUAAAACAACCCAAUGGGUCUGUGCCAAGAAAGUGGAACCGUCAAAAAUUUGUCAGGCAUCUUGUCGCAUAAAAGUUGGAGGUAAAGUUAAAGUAGGAAACUUUAAAUUCAAUAAAAAACCUUUAAAACUUGGAGAAUUGUCAGCAAAUCGAUUCCAAAUUGCCUUAAGAUCAGUUAAAGGAGAAGAACUUUUAAUGACAGAAUCACUUAAAUCCAUUCAAGAGCUAGGCUUUAUCAAUUAUUAUGGAAUGCAGCGAUUUGGAAACUGUAUUACAAUUCCUACAUUUGAAGUUGGCAAAGCUCUACUUCGUUCUGACUUUAAGGAAGCUGUAGAUUUAAUUUUAAAGGAACGCGAAGGUGAACCACCUUUUAUGGCUAAAAUGAGAGCUUGCUGGAAAGAAACGCGAGAUGCACAGAAAGCUUUAAAAAUGAUUGAUAAUCAACAUUCAACAUAUGUUGAAGCUAAACUUUUAAGUUCUUUGGUAAAGCUAAAUAGCAAUGGAAACUAUAAUUACCUUCAAGCACUUCAAACACUUCCAAAAAAUAUGUUGAUGCUUUAUACUCAUGCAUAUCAAUCAUUAAUCUUUAAUCAAGUAGUUUCAAAGCGACGUGAAUUAGGGCUUUCAGUUCUCGAAGGUGAUUUAGUCUUUCGUGAUGCCACUAAUGUUGUUGAGCAAGAAACAGUCAUAAUUGAGGACAUAACUGAAGAUGAUAAUGACAAAGAAAUAGAAAUAGUUGAACCUGAAUCUAAAUUCAAGGAAAUGGUACGACCAUUGACGAAAGAAGACGUUGAAAGUGGAAAAUAUAGCAUUUUUGAUAUCGUUCUUGUAUUGCCGGGUCAUGACAUAACAUAUCCAUCAAAUGCUAUUGGAGAUUAUUAUACAGAACUGAUGAAUAAAGAUGACCUAUCUUCUGAAAAAUUGAAAAGCAAGCACAAGAUGUUCUCAUUAUGCGGAGCUUAUCGAAAAGCAUUUGUUAAGCCACAGAAAUUCUCAUGGAAAUUUUUAAAAUACGCCGAUCAAAAUGACGAUUUAAUCCUUUCUGAUUAUUCAAGAAUGAUGAAAGACCCAGAAAUCGAAUCAAAUAAAGAUGGCCAAAAUACAGCCCUUAUUUUGGACUUUAGUUUACCUACAUCUUGCUAUGCUACAAUGUUAUUACGAGAAUUAUUAAAAUCCGACACUUCAUCUGCCAAUCAGAUGCUGUUACAAAAAGAACUGACGUCGGCUAAUGAGACUGAAAGUUCAAAAAGGAAAAUUGAAGACACUGAUAUAGUUGAGGAUGAGCCAAGUUUAAAGAAGAUUGCUACAGAAGCAGCAACAAAUUGAAUUAUGUUUUAAAAUAUGAAAAUAAAAAAGAGUACAAUAAUAAAUCAUUGUCAUUACAAAUUCAUUACAUUAA